AUUCGUCCAGAAUUUAACAACACGAACGUAUUUUGACCAGAUGUACCGCAGUGCAAAAAGAACAUAACAACAGUUCGGAAAAAGCCAAACAAACACGCCGAAGUCACAGCAAUAUUAUAAAUCAACAAUUUGUAACGCAGUACCCACACGUAUUGUAAGUUUGUGAAGUUAGGUACUGUUUGUACUUUGCUAAAGAGUCGUGAACGUCGUGAAACAAACCAAACAACAGCGAACAAACUAAACGUUUGACCAUUCCACAACAGCUGUUCCGGAGUGGGAACGUCCGGCGGUACAUUUCCUGUUUCUCAACUAGUAUUCUCAGCCAACAGCAAUGGCCAGUUGGGCAAACCGUCCUCCCAUCGAAAGUAACGGCGGUUCUUCGUCAUCGCGCAAGAAAUGGAACCUUGAAGAUAAAAAGUCUCUUCGCAACUUAAAGUACCAUUUCGCCGAAGAUGGCUGCUCGGAAGUGCAGUUUGCGCUGGCUAAGCAACUGCUGGAGGAAAACUCCGAAACCGAUCCGGCUCACAACCACGCGCAAGGAGUGCACUGGCUGUUACGCGCCGCUCAGCAAGGACACGAAGCGUCAAUCGAACUGCUCAAAGAAUGCUACGAAAAUGGCCGUGGCAUUACCGAGGCGAACGAGGAAGACGUUCGCACUAUCCUGGCCAUGAGCCCGGGGGAGCGUUCUGCACGCCGGGCAGCGCAAGAACUCUUUGCGAGCCUCUCGAAUGGCGAGGAAUACGUGACGGCAGCACAACUCGAAAAGCGUAUGCGGGAAAUUUACAAGAUGGACAAAAAGCGCCGACGCACCCAGCCGGAUGGCGCCGAAGCAGAAGGAAGCAUGGAACACAGCUUGGGUGGAGGUGGUGGAUCCGAUGGUGGACGAUCGCCUGCUGGAGAAUCAUCGAUCGGUAGCCCAAACGCCGGCAGCCAUCGGUUGCAUCGUAGCCCGACCGUGAACCACAUUUCCGAGGCGCAUCUCUUAGCGGCCGCCGUCAAUUAUUCGAACGGACAUCUUCCGGCCGUGAGUGAUGCACUCAUGCUGUCAUCACCCGAUCCUCACAGCCUGAAUCACGUGCCAUGCUUUCAUCGACCAUUUUUCCACCCCUUCAUGUUCUUCCAACUGCUGUAUCAUCGGUUCGUGUCGCUCCUGUCCACGUUUCCCGGCUCGAGCGGUAGCAGCUGGAUGCAGCUGGGUCUCGUUCUCAUCACUUACUGGUACUUUGCUAGCGAUAACCUUGUAUCACUGCUGCCCGUUGGGGGAUACUAUUUGAGCCUCGCCAUCAUGGUAUUGUGCAGCUUCCGGAUGCUGAAAUCCAAACACGAGUUCAUAGAUUUUCGAAUGUGGUCUGGACUGUUCCUGCGUUACGGUGACGAACAUUUGAACACCAACGACUCGGAGAACCAGUAUCUACGCAACAACCUGAAGCCCUAUUUUUACUUCUUCACGGCGUUUUUCGUCAACAUGGUCCUGCAGCCUAACAUUAACGACCAAUGGCUACCGUUUUCCGAGAUAACGGUGCUCGCUUUUGCGCUAACCUUUCUCACGAUGUUCGCCUUCAUUUACACGUCGGGCGAUUCCUUCCCGGACUAUCUGAUCCUGUUCUCGUUCGGGCUGAACGUGCUCGCCAAGUACCCGUACGAAAUGGACGAUGUCGUGACGACGGGUUGGCGCUUUCUGGAUCUAAAAGUGCCUGGAUUUUCGACGUUCGUUAUCGGCAAUGGAAUUGAAUUUUGUCUAAACUGCCGCGCGAUGCUCUAUCUCAUGAUUCCGGGCUUUCUUAUGUACAUAGCGCGACGUAACAACUGGCGUGGCAUCUACCAGUACCUCAUUCCGCACUGUGUGACUCUUGCAUGGUUACAGAUCUGCAUCAUAAGCUCGCAGUCGGCGACAAUGUUCGGUUUGGUGCGUGGUGCUCUAGGAUUAUCCGGACUGUUGCUGUUUCUACCGCUCUUUGGCAUCGUCACACUGCUAAUUCCCGUGUUUGCCGUCAUCGAGUGGCUCUCGCUAUCGGAUUCAACCGUCCGACUUUGGUCGUCGAUUGGCGCAGCUGUGACGGCCGUUGCCAUCUCGGGCUACAUGGCGAGCUCGCGGCGAACGGAACGAUACGUCACCUUUCUGCAGAUUGCAAUCUGUGUCAUUGGAACCAUCUUCCUCACACUUCCCCACAUGAUGUCGAACUUUGAAACGAUUGGAGUGAAUGAAAAUCGCCUAUUCGAAUCGACAACGUCCGACUCGCUCGAUGACCCUCGCGAACCAACGAGUGGUGGCGAUGCCCUGCCAUCGACUCUCAGCUGGGAUACGUACUACCAAUUCUGCCAUCAGCCGGCGUGGGAUACAGAGAAUAAAGUGAAGACGCAACUUCGCUGUACCAAUCUCGAUGGCAUACUUGUCCGUUGGGAGGGAACUGUAGUCGAUAUGGCAAUCUCGAGUCGUCGCAAUCUUCGGGCCCAACUAAUCGAAGGAUAUCUGCCAAAGUUUUUGGCCGAUCGCAUCACCUGCAUCUACGGUGAACCAAUUGAACCGGACUGUGGCAACCUAAAUGGAUCGGUGGAGGGUGAAUGUGAAAAUUUAAAACAUUUCAUGCAACGACAACGCACGUGCCAUCUCAAUAAAUGGAAUACCUAUGAGUACGAACUGAAGAUACGAAUGUCCACUGGACUGUUGACCAAACCCGUCGAAGUUGUUCUGAAAGCACAGCACGUGUUCGGAAACUUUACUCAAAGUCUCAACUAUUCUGAUCGCGUAUGGUUCGUCGGCGUGUUGCGCGAUUCGGCUCAAUCCGGGAUCGCGUCAUCCGGAAAUACCGAUCAGCCACAUUGGGACACGGUUAGCAGUGGAUUUAACUUGAACAUGGGAGGACAGGCCGGAAGUUUCGGUGUGCAUUCGAUGCGAUUGGGACGCAAGAACCCGCUAGUCGAACUCCAUUCAAUCGGAUGUCGACAGUGUCGUAAUCCUGACCUCCCGACUGUUCAUCUCACCGAAGGCAUGAAGGUAAAUGGACGUAUGCGGGAUCUACUGCGAGGGGUAAAGUAUUUGUUGAACGUCAUCUUCAACCCGCUGGUGAUCUUUAAGUAACGCACUCUAGGCACCGUGAGGGACGUGUAUUGUAAUCGAUGCUGGUCAUACUCCGUACUACUCGCUAGUCGCUCUGUUGGCAGAAGUUCUCGUGCUGGGUCCACACUUUUGCCCUGGCAGAAGCAAUUUGUUUUCUUCUUUGAGAGUAGCAUGAUUUAUCUUACAUAAACGUCAGUAGUUCAAACUUUCUUACAAGAGAGCUAAGCUAACGAUGACGAUGACUGUCUGUUUUUUCCUUUAUGUUUGCUGAAUAAUUUUACGCUAAUAACAUUUCAAUUUAAACUUUCUUGAGUUUUGCAAUAACAUAUAGUACGUAAUGAACGAUAAUAAAAUUUGUAGAAGUUGUUAAAUUAAAUGCCGAAAAGUAAAA